AUGUCUUUAAAACUAGAACAUAACUCUCAUAUCACCGCGCCCGCUUUUACUUACCCAGCGCUUCCGCAAGAGCCUUAUACCACUCGCAUGAUCCGCCUGCUGCCACAUAAGGAUAAGAGUGCUCCAAUACAGUGUGUGCUGUUCAACUAUGAUUUAUCAGAGACAGGCGGUGGAACGCACCUUUACCAGGCACUUUCUUAUGUAUGGGGAAGUGAGGUGAAGCCCGAAUCAAUCAUUCUAAACGGCUGCACUUUUCAUGUCACAACAAAUCUCCAUAGUGCACUUGUAAACCUCCGAAACCGCCAACUUGACAGAGUACUAUGGGUUGAUGCAAUAUGCAUUAACCAGGACGAUGAAGAUCAGGGAAAUGAGAAAAGCAAGCAGAUCCCACUGAUGCGGACGAUUUAUGCACAAGCCGAACGUGUCAUUGUCUGGCUGGGAGAGACCACAGCGAAUGGUGAUCAAGCGCUUGAAAGUAUUCGUUGCCUUGGAGAAGGCCAGGAUACAACCUCUAGCCUGGACAAUCCGGAAAGCUAUGAUGCAUGUCUGCAGUUGCUACAGCGAGAUUGGUUUAGUCGUAUCUGGGUGCUUCAAGAAGUGGGCGUCGCACGAUGUGUUUAUAUCAUGUGUGGCCCUGUUUCUAUAAACGGACACGUCUUCUGCGAAGGCCUUAGCAGACUAGGGCUAUCCUCAGAUUUCCGGAGCAGGAUUGGCCCUGUUGCUUAUCUCAUAAAAGGCGCACUUUAUCGGCCUAAAUAUGAGCUUGGUUCGCGAGGGUCCAUCUCUGUAGGGGAGCUCAUUGGCAUGUAUCAAAACCAUAAUGCGACCAAGCAGCAUGACAAAAUAUAUGCACUGUUAGGCUUAAGUGCCAACCCUAUCACAGCUGCCCUAGAGCCGAACUAUAGCCUCCCUUGGAAGGAGGUAUUCAAGCAGGUCGUCAAUCAUAUAUUCCCUGAAUGUUCGGUGGACACAUGGAAUGGGACAGCAACAGCUGUUAUCAAAGGCAAAGGAUUAAUCUUAGGCAAUAUUAACUCAGUUGAGGAGAGUGUUUCUGAAUUUGGGAAACAAAAUGUUGAAGUCCUCUUCAAUGACAACGCCCAGCGGUUUGGUUUCAAUUCUUUGUGGGAAACUAAUUGGAAACCACAGGCUUCUGCAGUGCUGAUCCAGGCUGGCGAUAUCAUCUGCCUUCUGAAAGGGGCCUCAAAGCCAAGCAUCAUAAGACUGUGCAGAGACCAUUUCAUCGUCGUCAUCCCAGCAGUGACACCCCAGAAAAGACAGGAUAAAGAGAGUCCAGCGGUAAUAUCUCCGGAAAGACUAUAUAUGAGUGAUCUUCAUGAUAUUCUACUCACAUGGAAAAUUCCUGAUGCUAAACCAGAAAGAAAGGAUAAGUCUGAGGUGAUAUCCCAGCUCAGUGAGAUAGCACCAAAUUAUCGAGAAGAGUGGUCCUAUACCGAAAAAAGAUUGAAACACACAAGGCUCGCCGUGCUAGAUAUUGCAAUGACAAUAUUAAAGCAGGGAAAGUUCGAAACCAAGGCAAUAGAACAACUACUCCGUCAAAGUGGAACAAAAGAUCCAAUCAUCAAAGAAUUGGUUAUGGAUUCCGCACACGAAGAUAGACGAUGUAUAGAGACACUCCCACAUGAUCUCUUCUUCUACCAAGAAAAUGAUCUACCAUUUUCAGAAGAUAUGGUUAUAGCUGUAGCAACAAAUUAUAGAUCACGUGGUUGUAUCAUCGUGGAAAUCCUCCUGCAGCACCAAAGAGCGAGUCUCCCAGUCUCUGAAGAAGUGGUCAAGGUAGUGGCCGAGAGCCUAGAUGGCGGAAAUAGAAUUAUGGAGGUUCUAUUUCGACACCAAGGGAAUAAUCUUCUAAUUUCUGAAGAAGUAGUCAAGGCGGCAGCAGGGAAUAUGUGGGUUCAUGGACCCCAGAUUAUGGAAGUUCUAUUGCAACAACAAGGGAAAAGUCUCCCAGUUUCUGAGCAAGUGGUGAAGGCAGCGGCAGAGAAUAGAGGACCUUCUGGACCUGGAAUUAUGGAGGUUCUAUUUCAAUGCCAAGGAGAGAAUCUCCCAGUUUCCGAAAACGUGGUCAGAGCAGCGGCAGGGAACAGCCAUCAUGGACCUGAAAUACUAGAGAUUCUAUUUCAACAUCGAGGGGAGAGUCUCCCAGUUUCUGAAGAAGUGGUCCAGGCAGCGGCAGGGAACAGCCAUCGUGGAUAUCAAAUUAUGAUGAUUCUAAUUCAGCACCGAGGGAAAAGUCUCCCAGUGUCUGAAGAAGUGGUUAAGGCAGCGGCAGAGAAUAGAGAACCUUCUGGACCUGCAAUUAUGGAGGUUCUAUUUCAACGCCAAGGAGAGAAUCUCCCAGUUUCCGAAAAAGUGGUCAGAGCAGCGGUCAGGAACAGCUGUUGGGGACCUGAAAUACUAGAGACUCUAUUUCAACAUCGAGGGAAAAGUCUCCCGGUUUCCGAAGAAACGGUCAAGGCAGCGGCAGGGAACAGCCAUCGUGGAUAUCAAAUUAUGAUGAUUCUAAUUCAGCAUCGAGGGAAAAACCUCCCAGUGUCUGAAAAAGCGGUCAAGGCAGUGGCAGGGAACAGAUGUUGUGGGCCUGGACUUAUAGAAGCUCUUUUUCAACACCUAGGGGAGAAUCUCCCAGUUUCUGAAGAAGUGGUCAAGGCAGCAGCAGGGAAUAAUGCAGAGUUUGUGCCUGAAAUUUUACGGCUUAUACUUAUAUACCGGGCGAAGAGUCCCCCAAUUUACGAAGCAGUGCUCAAGACAGCAGGAAACCUAAAAAUUGAACUUGGAUUGGUGGCGGCGCUAUAUGCACCUGUCCAAGAGAAUAUUUGA